AGCAAUCAUGAGUCAAGCUGUGGGUGAUCUAAACAAACACUGUCACUCUAUAAAAGUUGAGCUCCAGAGUGUGGACCUAGAAGAAGAUAGGCAAAGAGCAAGACAUUAAGACAACACAGAGCUGAGUAAAGCCAGUGGAAAUGAAGAAUCUUCCAAUGCUACUAUUGCUGUGGGUGGUGGUUUGCUCAGCUUAUCCACUGAAUGGAGCUGCAAGGGACGACAGCAUGGACCUUGUUCAGCACUACCUGGAAAACUACUACAACCUUGCAAAAGACGUGAAACAGUUUGUUAGAAGAAAGGACAGUGGUCCUGUUGUUAAAAAAAUCCAAGAAAUGCAGAAGUUCCUGGGGUUGGAGGUAACGGGGAAGCUGGACUCAGAAACGCUGGAGGUGAUGCGCAUGCCCAGGUGCGGAGUUCCCGACGUUGGCGACUUCAGUACUUUUCCCGGCAUGCCAAAGUGGAGGAAAACUCGCCUUACUUACAGGAUUGUGAAUUAUACACUGGAUUUGCCAAGAGAUGCUGUUGAUUCUGCCAUCGAAAAAGCUCUGAAAGUCUGGGAGGAGGUGACUCCACUUACAUUCUCCAGGAUUUAUGAAGGAGAGGCUGACAUACUGAUCACUUUUGCAGCUAGAGAACAUGGAGACUUUAUCCCUUUUGAUGGGCCAGGAAUGGUUUUGGCUCAUGCUUUUUCACCGGGGCCAGGAAUUAAUGGAGAUGCUCACUUUGAUGAUGACGAAAAAUGGACAAAGGAUACAUCAGGGACCAAUUUAUUCCUUGUUGCUGCUCAUGAACUUGGCCAUUCCCUGGGUCUCUAUCACUCGGCCAACUCUGAAGCUUUGAUGUACCCAGUCUACAACCCAUUCACAGACCUGGCCCGGUUCCGCCUUUCUCAAGAUGAUGUGAAUGGCAUUCAGUCCCUGUAUGGACCUCCCCCUGCUUCCCCUGAUGACCCUGUGGUGCCCACAGAAUCUGUGCCUCCUGAGACACCAGCCAUGUGUGAUCCUACUUUGUCCUUUGAUGCAGUCAGCACUCUGAGGGGAGAAAUUCUGUUCUUUAAAGACAGACAUUUUUGGCGCAAAUCUGUAAGGAUUCCUGAACCUGGAUUUUAUUUGAUUUCUUCAUUUUGGCCAUCUCUUCCUUCAGGAGUGGAUGCUGCAUAUGAAGUUACUAUCAGGGAUACUGUUUUCAUUUUUAAAGGAAAUCAGUUCUGGGCCAUCAGAGGAAAUGAGGUACAAGCAGGUUACCCUAGAGGCAUCCAAACACUGGGUUUUCCUUCAACAGUAAAGAAAAUAGAUGCAGCCGUUUUUGAUAAGGAAAAGAAGAAAACAUACUUCUUUGUAGAGGACAAAUACUGGAGAUUUGAUGAGAAGAAACAGUCCAUGGAUCCAGGCUUUCCCAGGAAAAUAGUGGAAGACUUUCCAGGAGUUGAACCGAAGGUUAAUGCUGUUUUUGAAGCAUUUGGGUUUUUCUAUUUCUUCAGUGGAUCUUCGCAGUUGGAGUUUGACCCAAAUGCAAAGAAAGUGACACAUAUUUUGAAGAGUAACAGCUGGUUUAAUUGUUAAGAGGCACAACAUGGACAUUUGAAAUGAAGCUAGUAAUUCUUCACCUACAUCUUUGUAAAUUGAAAUGGUGCAUUUUCUCUGCAUGUGCAGUGACU